AAGAAUAACCUCCAGAAAAAGACUCCUACUUAAAGGGCAGAUCAGACUGUUGGACGAGCUCCUCGGAUACACAGACCUGCUCAUUUUUCUGCAGAAGCGAUCCGGUUUGAGAUUUAUUGACUGCACACUACGCAGAAAAGAAAAUACAGACAGAAUCUGAAGUCAAAGACUUAAGUAGAUAGCUAGAGAUGAGGGGAGGAAUCUGCUCGGUGUGUUUCCUGGUGAUUGGGGUGACCUUGCUCAGUGGCCUCGGCUGCCUGGGUGAACACAAGUCUGUGAAUGGCAGAGAGGAGGUGGAAAGGCGCACCCCCCCACACCUCAUCUUCAUCAUGGUGGAUGACCAGGGUUAUGGAGACAUUGGCUACCAUGGCUCAGACAUCCACACUCCUGCGUUGGACCAGCUGGCUGCAGAGGGGGUCAAACUUGAAAAUUACUAUGUCCAGCCUAUCUGCUCACCCUCUCGCAGUCAACUCAUGACAGGGCGCUACCAAAUUCACACUGGACUCCAGCAUUCAAUCAUCCGGUCACGUCAACCCCUGUGCCUGCCUCCGGACAUCCCUACCCUACCAGAGCGUCUGGUUGAAGCUGGAUAUGCCACAUACAUGGUGGGGAAAUGGCACCUGGGCUUCUGCAGGCCAAGCUGCCUACCCACAGAACGUGGCUUUCAGAGUUUCCUGGGCACACUGACUGGCAGUGGAGACCACUUCUCCUAUCGGAGCUGUGACGGAGCUGAAGCUUGUGGAUUUGACCUGCAUGAUGGAGAAAGGCCUGCCUGGGAGAUGGCCGGCAACUACUCCACUCUGCUCUACGUAGAGAGAGUGAAGCAGAUCCUGAGAAGCCACAACCCCCAUAAACCACUCUUCCUCUACCUGUCCCUUCAGGCCGCCCAUACACCCUUGCAGGUACCAAACCAUUUUCUGCACCGCUAUGAUUCCCAGGGCAAUCGUCUCCGGCGCCACUACGCAGCCAUGCUGAGCUGCCUGGAUGACGGGGUUGGACAAGUGGUCCAGGAACUGAAGACUAGUGGGCUCUAUCAAAACUCAGUACUGAUCUACUCAUCUGAUAACGGUGGGCAGCCACUCUCAGGGGGGAGCAACUGGCCGCUGAGAGGUGGCAAAGGGACCUACUGGGAAGGGGGCAUCCGGGCUGUGGGCUUUGUCCAUAGUCCCCUCCUGAAGAAGAAGGGUAUAGUCAGUAGAGCACUGAUCCAUGUUUCAGACUGGUAUGCCACAUUACUGGGGCUGGCCGGGGCACUGCCGACCCCCCAAGGCCUAGACGGUCACGAUGUGUGGGGGACCCUCAGAGGCCUACCCUGUCCUCGCACUGAAAUCCUUUUCAACAUUGACCCAGUCUCCAGGAAGCCUGGGGAGCCUUAUGACAAGGCGUUGGUACUCAACGGAUUUGGGAUCUGGGACACAGCCGUAAGGGCAGCGAUAAGGGCUGGGGACUGGAAGCUAUUGACAGGAAAUGUGGGUGACGGGGACUGGAUACCACCACAGGCUCUUCCCGGGGGUCCAGAGCGGUGGCAGAAACUUGAGAAGCGGCGCAACGCACUGGGGAAGUCAGUUUGGCUGUUUAAUGUGACCUCUGACCCCUACGAGAGGUCAGACCUGGCGGACGCUCGUCCAGAGGUAGUGAAACAUCUGCUGACCAGGCUGUCAGAGUACAACCAGACAGCUGUGAUGCCCAGGAAUCCACCAGAUGAUCCUAUGGCUGACCCUGAGCUCCAUGGAGGGGUGUGGAGCCCUUGGCUGGGCCUGGAGGGACAAGAGGGGGAUAAUGGAGAGAAGGAUGGCAGGAAGAAAGGAUGAUGAAGAUUAAGCACUGCAAAUGUAUGCAAAUUAAAAGCCCUCUUCAAGAAGGUGGGGUCACGCCUGCAGAGGAACACCUGGUUCCUGUAAAUGUCCUCAUCUAGCAACAUUAAUUAAAGGGUUCAGUAUGCUUCAAAUAGAUGAGGUUGUACAGAGGGUCGUCUGAACACAUCUGAAGGCAAAGGUGCAAUGAAUCAUACAAAUGGGGACAAAGGCUUUGCAGUCGGGAAAUAGUCUCUCCUCCAAGGCAUUCAUGAGGUUGUCCUUGGUUGUGCAUGCGAAAAGUGAUAGAAGUAGUUGUGUGAAAAAUGAAAAAAGAAUCCUGCAUAUUUUUUUUUAUCUCCGGACAUCUGGUCAUAUGGGCUGUAAAAAUUUGCAGACGCAGGCAAUUCCAACAUCAGAAAUUUGUGGGGGGUGGGCAUAGGGGCGGCUGUAGCUCAGUGGGUAGCGCGGGUCGUCCUUUAACCACAAGGGUGGCGGUUCUAGUCUACAGUCCUACAGACUGCAUGUCAAAGUGUCCUUGAGUGAGACACUAAUCCCCAAGUGUCUCGCUCUUGGGAUUAGAGCGAGACAGUAGCCCAACUGCUCCUUAAAUACUUAGAAAUGGGUUUAAAUGCAGAGGACAAAUAUCAUGUA